AUGAUCAAGUGGGGGAUCAGCAGCGGGACGCCCGCGGAUUCGUACUACGAGAUCCGCUCCGAUUGCACAGACGAUGUGCCCAAAAGCAAGUUCAAGAUCAAGGCUGGCAAAACACUGAGUGUUCGGAAAUGGCAAGCUGCAUUUAAUCCUGAUGGCUGUCUUGACAUUGUCUCGGUCCUAAGCCGGAUACAAAAAGGAGGUGUUCACCCGACUGUCAGGGGGGAGGUUUGGGAGUUCUUACUUGGCUGCUUUGAUCCGAGGAGUACCUUUGAUGAGAGGGAGGAGAUCAGGCAAAUAAGAAGGCUACAAUAUGCUAGAUGGAAGGAAGAAUGCAAAGAGAUGGAUUCUCAUGUUGGUAGUGGUAAGGUUAUCACAGCACCACUUAUCACUGAGGAUGGAAGACCUAUCAAGGAUCCUUUGGUUUUACUUGAGGCUACUUCAAACCAAAACACCUCAGAGGGUGCUUCAACUAGCAGCCACAAUGGAAUUGAAGUAGACGAAUCUGCAGAAUGUAUUACUGACAAGCAAAUUAUUGAAUGGAAGCUUACAUUACAUCAAAUUGGACUUGACGUGCUACGUACUGACCGCACCAUGGUAUUUUACGAGAACAAGGAAAAUCUUUCAAAGUUGUGGGAUAUUCUAGCCGUGUAUGCAUGGAUUGACAAAGAUGUUGGUUACUGUCAAGGAAUGAGUGAUUUAUGCUCACCAAUGAUUGUGCUACUCAACGAUGAGGCAGAUGCGUUUUGGUGCUUUGAGAAGUUGAUGCGUAGAUUGCGAGGAAAUUUCAGAUGCACAGAUCAAUCUGUUGGGGUGGCUAACCAACUUCAGCACCUUGCAUCUAUCAUUCAGGUGCUGGACCCCAAGCUACAUGACCACCUAGAAACACUUGGUGGAGGUGACUAUCUUUUUGCAUUCCGUAUGUUCAUGGUUCUAUUUCGACGUGAGGUGUCAUUUGGGGACUCCUUGUACCUGUGGGAGAUGAUGUGGGCUCUCGAAUACGAUCCGGAUAUCUUCUUUGCAGCAUGUGAAGAAGCAAGCGGUGCACAUAAAAAAGUAUCGAAAUCAAAAUUAAGAGGAGUGCGCCAUUUUGCCAAGUGGGAUAAGGACAAGGACAAGGACAAGGACAAGGACAAGGACAAGGAUGUCUCUGAGGAAACUGAUGGCCCAGUUCCCAUUUCAGUUUUCAUGGUUGCAAGUGUGCUCAAGGAAAAGAGAGAAAAACUGUUACAAGAAGCUAGAGGACUGGAUGAUCUUAUUAGGAUAUUGAAUGAUGUAAAUGGGAAUUUAGAUGCGAAAAAAGCCUGCGCUGGAGCUCUGAAACUUCACAAGAAAUACCUCAAACUGGUACAGGCAAAGAAAACCUAA